AUGGUUCCGGAGUGCGGAGGUCAAGAGAUGAUGGACAUCUUUCCCUCGACUGACCAGCGUCCUGCAGAGCUUGCACUGAGCGAGUCGUGGAUCAUCCUCUGCCACCUGGAAUCCCUUGUGGUAGAACUGCUGCUGGGGAGUGGAGAAGCAGGCAAAGUCGACGGGCUGUUCAGCGACCGUGCAAACUCCUCCGCCACCUUUCUUGAAGUGGGGUGCCAUUCUCUGAGAUGGCUGAACCAGAUGGGUUACCCCGUGAACGCCGUGGCAGCCCUGUUGAGCUCCUCAAGCAUCUCUGAUGGCGGCUCGGCUGAAGACCAGUCCAGCCUCCCCUGGUGCAGUGAAGAGACACUGUUGAUCCAUUCUCUUUGCGGAGGUGUGGAAACAGCUGCUGAACCUCCAGUCCAGACCCCGGUUUCCUUUGAGAAGGUAGCUGUGUAUUUCACCCAGGCAGAGUGGGCCCUGGUGGAUCCGGACCAAAGAGCGCUCCACAGGGAAGUCAUGCUGGAGAACUACGGGAGCUUAAUGGCCUCUCUGGGGGAGAAACCUUUUGAGUGCUCAGAGUGUGGAAAGCGAUUCAGUCAGAGUAGCCAUCUUCAUAUACAUCAAACAACCCACAAAGAGGAGAAACCUUUUGAAUGCUCAGAGUGUGGAAAGCGAUUCAGUCGCAGAGGCGAUCUUCAAGAGCAUCAAAGAACCCACACAGGGGAGAAACCUUUUGAAUGCUCGCAGUGUGGAAAGAGAUUCAGUCGCAGUGGCACUCUUCUACGGCAUGAAAGAACCCACACUGGGGAGAAGCCUUUUGAAUGCUCUGAGUGUGGAAAGAGAUUCAGUUACACUGGCACUCUUCAACAGCAUCAAAGAAACCACACAGAGGAGAAACCUUUUGAAUGCUUUGAGUGCGGAAGGAGAUUCAAUCGCACUUUCGAUCUUCAAGAGCAUCAAAGAACCCACACUGGGGAGAAACCUUUUGAAUGCUCGGAAUGUGGAAAGAGAUUCAGUCUGAGUGGCAGUCUUCGAAUGCAUUUCAAAACCCACACUGAGGAGAAACCUUUUGAAUGCUCAGUGUGUGGGAAAAAAUUCAGUUUCAGUAGCAAUCUUCAAAGCCAUGUCAGAACCCACACUGGGGAGAAACCUUUUGAAUGCUCAGUGUGUGGAAAGAAAUUCAGUUUCAGUAGCAAUCUUCAAAGCCAUGUCAGAACCCAUACAGGGGAAAAACCUUUUGAAUGCUCAGAGUGUGGAAAAAGAUUCAAUAGCAGUGGCACUCUUCAAGAGCAUCAAAGAACCCACACAGGGGAGAAACCAUUUGAGUGCUCAGAGUGUGGAAGAAGAUUCAAUCACAGUAGCCACCUUCAAAGGCAUCUAAGAACACACACAGGAGAGAAAAGUUUUGAAUGCUCAUAG